AUGGCUCAGUGUAUGAGAACCACCUUAAACCCACCAAAAAACCCUUUCCUCAACUCCACUAAACCGUCACUAGUAUCCACUCCCUUGUUCGAUUUUCUAAAAUCAACGAAAUACCCGAGAAUCUCCAUGUCACGACAAAAUCAACAAGUAUUGUCUCUCGAUUCUCUAAUCAACAGCACCCGCAAAGAAGAGGUCCUUAGUGCCAUCAAGGGCUCCUUGUCUAAUUGUCUCUCAGAGACUAACCUUCAUAAGACUGUCCCUGCUCUCAAAUCCAAAACUAGAGGCAAGGUGAGAGAUAUAUAUGAUGGUGGGGAUUAUCUUGUUUUGGUCACAACUGACAGGCAGAGUGCAUUUGAUAGAAUUCUCGCUUGUGUUCCCUUCAAAGGACAGGUUCUAAAUGAGACCAGUCUGUGGUGGUUUGAUAAAACUCGACAUAUAACCCAGAAUGCUAUUGUAUCAGCUCCUGAUGAAAAUGUCACAAUUGCAAAGAAAUGUUCUGUUUUUCCUGUUGAAUUUGUUGUUAGAGGUUAUGUGACUGGAAGUACUGAUACGUCACUAUGGACGGUUUAUAAAAAUGGUGUCCGGAAUUACUGCGGCAAUGCCCUUCCAGAUGGCUUGGUAAAAAGCCAAAAACUACCUGCAAAUAUACUCACUCCAACUACCAAAGCUGAGGACCAUGAUGUUCCUAUAACCCCAGACGAGAUAAUUAAAAGUGGGCUGAUGAAUGAAGCUGAUUAUUAUGAAGCCAGCAGGAAAGCAUUGAGCCUGUUUGAGUAUGGGCAGCGUGUGGCUUUAGAGCAUGGCUUGAUAUUAGUAGACACAAAGUAUGAAUUUGGAAAGGGCUCUGAUGGUUCAGUUCUAUUGAUUGAUGAGGUGCAUACACCUGACUCGAGCAGAUACUGGAUUGCCAAUUCUUAUGAGGAGCGGUUUCAGAAUGGCCUUGAACCUGAAAAUGUUGAUAAGGAGUUCUUGAGGUUAUGGUUCAAAGAUCACUGCAAUCCGUAUGAAGACAAGGUCCUCCCUGACGCUCCUGAAGAUCUUGUUUGUGAGCUAGCUUGGCGGUAUAUUUUCUUGUAUGAGACAAUAACAAAAUCAAAAUUUGAGAUGCCAUUGACAGAGGAGCCAAUACUCGAUCGAAUCUCAAGAAAUGUUGAACUAGCAUUAUCAUCCUUAUAG